AUGCUCUCAAAGCUCGAGAAUUUCGUUCUCAAGCCAACGUUUCGGGCUAUUGCUGUUGUUCUCCUGGCCAGGGAGUUUGACUACAAAUCUGAGGGCAUUGGCCAACUGCCUGUCCUUAUUGUCUACACCGGUAUCACCGAGGGUCUGAGCCGCCCAAUAUCCUUCAAGUCUAUUGCGCAGAAAGUGGACUGUUACUACGAUGUCGGCGAUAGCGAGGACGGACGAAAUGGCGCAGCAAAAACAACAAUGGAGACAGCGAUUGGCUUUCUGAUGGAGCUAGACCAGACAGAACCGGAUGUGUUUGGCCUGACACCAGACCCGGAUAUCUCGCUUCAGAGUGCCCUAGGCUGUGAUCGUGAAUGUUUGAUAGCCAGAUCGGCACGUCUUCUCUACGAUGCACGCGCUCUUGGAUUGGAUGACAAAGAGGACAAAGUGGAAGGACCCAGCUCCCAAUGGGUCGACACUAACAUACACACAACCUGGACUGGCCACGGUGCCCUAUCCGCAUCAUCUUCCCUAGCGACAGAAUCUACUUAUCGAAAGCGGUAUUACAAUUCUAUGGGGCUAGGGAGUCUAACAGUUCGGGACCCGACAUUGGACGCCUGCCCAAAGAAGAUCAGCCUUAGAAAUGGCGUCCUAAAAGGAUAG